ACCUCUCUAACUCUCUCCACUUACACCACAGUCGCAAUGUCUUCAGCCGCCGCCACCGUCUCCUCCUCGGCCAAACUCGCCGUGAAGCCUCUCAAAAUCUCCUCUCUCUCCUCGAGAUCAGCGUUACCAUCCGUCAUUUCCUUACCUUUCAACUCUCGCGGCCGCGAUAUUCCCCGUAAACGACUUAUCCUCGUAACCUGCACCGCCGGAGACGGAGCCAAACCAACCGUCCUCGUCGCGGAGAAGCUCGGCGAGGCUGGGGUCAAACUCCUUGAGAGCUUCGCGAAUGUCGAUUGCUCGUAUAAUUUGACGCCGGAGGAGCUGAACACGAAGAUCUCGCUCUGUGACGCGUUGAUCGUGAGGAGUGGGACGAAAGUAGGACGCGAGGUUUUCGAAUCGUCUCGCGGAAGGUUGAAGGUUGUUGGACGCGCCGGUGUUGGGAUCGAUAACGUGGAUCUUAGCGCCGCGACGGAGUUUGGUUGUUUGGUCGUUAACGCGCCGACGUCGAACACGAUCGCCGCCGCUGAACAUGGGAUCGCGCUUUUGGCCGCCAUGGCUAGGAACGUUGCUCAAUCUGAUGCUUCUGUUAAAGCUGGAGAGUGGAAAAGGAACAAGUAUGUUGGUGUUUCACUUGUGGGGAAGACACUUGCCGUGAUGGGUUUCGGGAAAGUUGGAUCAGAAGUUGCUCGGCGUGCUAAAGGACUCGGUAUGCGUGUCAUAGCUCAUGAUCCUUACACACCUGCAGACCGUGCUCACGCCGUUGGUGUGGACUUAGUGACCUUUGAUGAAGCUCUUGGAACCGCUGACUUCAUUUCUUUACACAUGCCUCUUACACCCGCUACAUCGAAGAUGCUCAACGACGAAACUUUCGCAAAGAUGAAAAAAGGAGUUCGGAUAGUGAACGUUGCUCGUGGAGGUGUCAUCGAUGAGGACGCGCUAGUGAGAGCUUUAGAUUCUGGUAUCGUUGCUCAGGCUGCUCUUGAUGUUUUCACUAAAGAACCGCCGGCUAAAGACAGCAAGCUAGUGCAGCACGAGAGGGUUACGGUCACACCUCAUCUUGGUGCAAGCACCAUUGAGGCUCAGGAAGGAGUUGCGAUUGAGAUUGCGCAAGCUGUUGUUGGAGCUCUUAACGGAGAGCUUGCUUCUACUGCUGUGAAUGCACCUAUGGUUCCUGCUGAGGUUCUUGCUGAGCUAAAACCGUAUGUUGUACUAGCGGAGCAACUUGGGAGACUAGCUGUACAGUUGGUUGCGGGAGGAAGCGGUGUGAAGAACGUGAAAGUGACCUACGCCUCGGCUAGAGCCACCGACGAUCUUGACACCAGACUUCUAAGAGCCAUGAUAACAAAGGGUAUCAUCGAGCCGAUCUCGGACGUGUAUGUAAACUUGGUAAACGCGGACUACACCGCGAAACAGAGAGGUCUUAGAAUCACAGAGGAACGUGGUGUUCUUGACGGGUCACCAGAGAGUCCGCUAGAGACCAUCACGGUUCAGCUAGGAAACGUCGAGUCUAAAUUCGCCAGCGCCUUGUCUGAAUCAGGAGAGGUCAAAGUCGAAGGAAGAGUUAAAGACGGAGUUCCACAUUUGACAAAAGUGGGAUCUUUUGAAGUAGAUGUGAGCCUUGAAGGAAGUAUUAUACUGUGUAGGCAAGUGGAUCAGCCUGGCAUGAUCGGAACUGUUGGUAGCAUCUUGGGAGAGUCAAAUGUGAAUGUCAGUUUCAUGAGUGUUGGGAGAAUCGCGCCGAGGAAGCAAGCGGUUAUGGCGAUUGGGGUCGACGAGAUGCCGAGCAAAGAGACUCUCAAGAAAAUCGGAGAGAUUCCGGCUGUGGAUGAGUUUGUGUUCCUCAAGCUAUGAUUCGGUGAGGAUUCGAAAGGCUAUGGCUUUAUUUGUUUUGGUACUUUCACAGUUUUGAGAUUGUUGAAGUAGCUUUAAGAGGUUGGAACUUGGUAAGAUGAAGAGAAUAAAGGUCUGCCUCGAGAAUUUGACGUAUGAGGCUUUUUCAUGAUUCAACUUUAUGUUCUGUUUUAGUAUUGCAUUUUCCUGUUACCCAGUGGAUAUUAUUCUAUAGAGAUUGUCUAUAAAUCGUUUCAUUUGAUGAAA